AUGGCCCUGCUACAUGGCGAUCCGCUCAAUGUCCCGGACAAGAAAGACUCAAGAGUCGAACGCUUUAUCUCUGCCUGCUACCUCUGGCUGUGUCAUGAACUCCUCAUCACCAGUCGCAUGUUAAAGUCAAAUGCCGGUGCAUCGCUUGCCGUCUGGAUGGUUGGUGUGUUUGCUCGUCUGAUAGCCAACCCGCAACCUAUCCUUACCACCCUGGCCAUCAUUACCGAAUCGCUGUUUGACUCUUUCAUCUUCGCAUACGUCUUCGACAUCCUCAACCAAGUUACCUCGGUGGAAGAAGAUGCUCUGAACAAACCUCAUCGCCCCAUUCCCGCUGGUCUCCUUACCAUGCGUGGGGCCAGAAUACGCCUCAUACUCUCCUGGCUAUUGUCAUUUCCAGUGAUAUCUGCAGUUACCGGUCGAGAAGCAUCCCAUCUGCUCUUCCUCUGGGAGCUUUGGACCCUCUUCUGCUAUGUAUGGCCGAGGAUCAACCACCCUUUCUUCCGGAAUGCCUUCGCUGGCGUAGGAACAUACAUGAUGUAUCGCUGGAUCGAUCUGAUUAUCUGCAACCACGUCUCCAAUGCGAGCAUCUGGCAUGGCUUUGACGCUUUAUUCGCAGUUUGGGUCUUUCUCACUUGCCAACUCCAAGAGUUCCAUGACGUGGACGGUGACCGCAAGGCCGGUCGUCGAACGCUUCCAGUCAUCCUCUCCGCAGACGCACGCCUCAAGUUGAGAAGGUACACCGCGACGUUCAUGCUGUACGCGGCAUUUAUUUGCUUGAGAUGGGUGGAUCUUGGGCAGUAUUCUGGGGCCACCUAUGUCAAGCUCUUUGUGUCUGCGUGCCUGCUCUUGUACACCUGCAUCGUGAUUGCGCUCAGAGUCUGGGUGCCGCGUUCAAAGGAGUAUGAUGAGCAUACGUACAAGGUUUACUAUAUCAUUGCGUCUUGUCUGUUCUCGCUGUAUUUGCGGAUUGUGGGUUCGUCCUGA